CUGCAAACUGUUGGGGAGACAUGCAGGACAGGGCGAUAUUAUAUCCACUGGGAGAGAUACAGAACGGAAUGACAGGCUACACAUGGAAAGAUACACAGGGCAAGGUGACAGUAUAUACAGGGUAAGAGAAGGAGAUAGUUGUGGCAGUCUGUCCAGGCAGAUAGAAACAGGGGUAAAAGAGUAUGGAGAUGUUCAGAGAGACGAGUCCAAUGUCAAUAAGCCAGAGAAAGCAGAAUCCCCAAAAAUAGAGACGAGCUGUGCGAUAACAGAGAAAAGAAUUCUAAAUGCAAUGGAGUCUUCAUCAGAAUGUUCCUCAAUAUCUGACUUUCAAGAUAGCACUGAGGGAGAUGAUGCAAAUACACUGCCUGAAAACCUAUGCAUGAGAGAAUAUGUUGUGAUAUGUGAUUAUGUGGCCACAGAUAACACACAGCUCAGCCUGUGUUCUGGAGACAAGGUGCUGCUCCUUAAUGCAGUGUCCCAAGACUGGUGGUGGGUUAACCAUAAUGGAACCUGUGGUUAUGUCCCAGCAAGUCAUUUGCAUGAUGCUUUAAACGAACAGGAAGAUACAGAGGUGAAUGACCCAUGGCAGGAUGAAGAGUAUUAUGGUAGCUACAAAACCCUGAAGUUGCAUUUGGAAAUGCUGUCUGAUGUCCCUCGUACAAUGACCUAUCAAAAUGUUAUACUCAAGAACAGUUCAUCUCUAUGUGGCAAGCAUAUUCUGGACCUGGGAUGUGGCACUGGAAUCAUAAGCUUUUUUUGUGCAAAGUUUGCACAGCCAGAGGCAGUUUAUGCAGUAGAAGCCAGUAAGAUUGCAGAGCAAACAUGCAGACUGGUCGAACAGAAUGGAAUAUCGAGCCUUGUGCAUGUCAUCAGGCAGCGAGCAGAAGAACUAGAUCUGCCUACAAAGGUGGACGUUCUUGUCUCGGAGUGGAUGGGAACCUGUUUACUGUUUGAAUUUAUGUUGGAAUCAGUUCUUCAAGCUCGUGACCGUUGGCUGAAAGAAGAUGGAGUUAUGUGGCCAAGCACAGCCUGCAUUCACUUGGUGCCCUGUAGUGCUUAUAAGGAGUAUUCAAACAAAGUUCUAUUUUGGGACAAUCCCUAUCAACUGGAUUUCAGCCUUUUAAAGCCUCUUGCAACGAAAGAGUUUUUUGCCAAACCCCAGCCAGACUACAUACUGCAGCCGGAAGAUUGUUUGUCUGAGCCUUGCACCCUGUUUCAUCUAAAUCUGAAGACACUACAAGUUGCAGAGCUAGAGAGAAUGAACUGUGAUUUCACAUUUCUCGUACACACCAACGGACUGCUGCAUGGAUUUACAGCAUGGUUUAGUGUCCAGUUUGAAAAUCUAGAAGAACAAGGGCACCUGGAACUUAACACUGGUCCUUUUAGUCCGCUCACACAUUGGAAGCAUACACUCUUCAUGCUUGAUGAGCCACUCCAGGUUCAGAAAAGAGACAAGAUAAGUGGCUCUGUGGUGUUUGAAAGGAAUUCAGUUUGGAGGCGUCAUAUGUCUGUGACAUUGAGCUGGGUCAUCAGCAGAGAGCUAAAAAUGCAAAAAGUUGGUUGCAAGGUAUUUCCGAUCUGGAGAUGAAGAAUUUCCUGCAGUGAUGAUGGUGCUUGGUCAUAGUAUUUUUGCUCUUGUGCCCUACACCUACUAUUAGAAAAACAACAGCUGAGCAGUAAUAAUGGCCUUCAUUUCUAAAAAGCACAAGUUUCUCUAAUAGGGAAAGAAGUAAUAUUGCAGCUGGCCUUAAAAACCUUACCUCAUUAUACAGAGGUUCUGUGCCUUUCUACGUGAACACAACCAACAUGCUACAAGAAGAAAUUUUAAAAUAUUUAAUGUGCUUUUUAUCUUUUUGUAAUUUCCCAGGUAACUGUUGGGCUCCAGGGUGCUAAAUG